AAUGUUAUUACAUCUCACUACCUUUCUCUCUCUAACCCUCAAUGUUAUUACAUCUCACUACCUUUCUCUCUCUAAAACUCUUUCACUCCCUCUCUCUCUUCUGCAACGAUUUAAGAAUUUAAAUUUCUUGAGCAUAAUCGGCAAACAAGAAGAGCUGAAUUUUGUUGGAUGGGUAAUAAACUCGGGAGGAGGAGACAGGUGGUAGAUGAAAAAUAUACAAAGCCACAAGGGUUGUAUACUCAAAAAGAUGUGGACCAUAAGAAGCUAAGGAAGCUAAUACUUGAAUCAAAGCUUGCACCUUGCUAUCCUGGAGAUGAAGAAACUGCUUACGAUCUCGAAGAAUGCCCAAUUUGCUUUCUGUAUUAUCCAAGUCUAAACCGAUCAAGAUGUUGCACGAAGAGCAUUUGUACAGAGUGCUUUUUGCAGAUGAGAGUUCCAAAUUCAACUCGGCCUACACAAUGUCCCUUCUGCAAAACGGCAAAUUAUGCUGUGGAGUAUCGUGGUGUGAAAUCAAAAGAAGAGAAGGGAUUGGAGCAGAUUGAGGAGCAACGUGUUAUAGAAGCAAGAAUUAGGAUGCGGCAGCAGGAACUUCAGGAUGAAGAGGAAAGAAUGCAUAAAAGACUAGAAAUAAGCUCUGAAAAUGUGAAUGUGGCAGUUGCAGAUGUUGAAUACAGCUCAAAUGCAGUGACUGCAUCAUCUUCAACUUCUGUUGUUGAACUUGAUGAAAUUGUUUCUUCUCAAGACUUGUGUGCCACACCAAUGGUUAGACCACCUCCAGCUGCUAGGACCAAUAGAGAUGAUGAAUUUGAUGUUGAUCUUGAGGACAUUAUGGUCAUGGAAGCAAUCUGGCUUUCCAUUCAGGAGAAUGGCAGGCAGAGAAGUUUAUCUUGUGCUGAUGCCGCUUCUGGACACUAUGUAGCCGAUGGUCGCUAUGUUUCAUCUGUCAAGGGUCCACAGGUUGAAUCAUCCUCGUCCCCAUCUGGGGGUCUUGCUUGUGCCAUUGCAGCUCUUGCUGAGCGUCAACAAAUGGCUGGAGAAUCAUCUAUGAGCUCCACCAAUGAAAAUUUGUCGUCAUUCAACACGUUACAGGGUUCCAGAAGGUUUUAUAACAGGCUUGGUAGAGAUAUGGUUAGUUAUCCACCUACAGACAACCUCAAUGAGGUGCCACCAGAUGAUGCUGUGGCGAUGACCAGGAGUCAUGGUGAAUGGGACAUAGACCAUGGGCCACAGGUGGAUGAAACAGAAACUAGCUAUGCAAACCCUGUUGCAGCAGAAGAUGGUGGUGUUCUAUCUUCUUUGCCCCAGUCUGAUGACAUUGAUGGCAACCUCCAAAGUGCCACCGACCCUAUUGUUCCUGAGAGCUUUGAGGAACAGAUGAUGCUAGCUAUGGCUGUCUCUUUAGCUGAAGCUCAAGCCAUGUCAAGUGGACAGAGUGCUUCUUGGCAGUAGUUUUUGUUUUGAGUACUGGUUUAAUCUUUCUUAAAGUGAUGAUGCUUGCCUUGGCUAUUUGGCAAGCCGAGUCCUGGGUUGGGAGUUUGAGCGGUGUUCUCUUCUCACACGAAUUUAUAUAUACAGAUGUCAAAGGAAAACUAAUGAUUCUAGUUGGUGAAAGGUUGCUGCUUAAUACCCCCUUUUUUUUCACUUUUGUGCGUGAUGUCCUCUCCCUUCCCUCUCAUUGGUUUUCUGUAAAUAGUUUUUUGGAAGUUUUAUUAGUCUUCGAUAGAUGUCUUUUCAUUCUUACACCAAUAUAAGGUACAUUUUAGACAUGUACUGAACAGGAAAGGAAAUUAAAUGUGUA